AUGGAUCCCAAAGAGACGCUGUUGAAUGAGAAAAUUGGAAAAGAAAGGGAUUCCCUGGAUGUAAACGAUAGCGAAGUCGCUGAAGAAAACGAGAAAACCUAUUGGAGAAAUAUUCUGCUCGCUGCUUUGGUCAAUCUCUUAUCGACGAUUGAGAGUACGAUUAUUAUCAAUGCACAAUGGCCAUAUUUACAAAAGUUAGACGAAGAUGUGAGCCCAACCUUCAUGGGUUACAUCAAUUCCUCGUGCAAAGCCGCUCACGCCAUUUUCGCCAUUCUUUUCGGCGCCCUAGCGUUUAGGACAAAGAAAUUACGCCUUUUCAUAAUGUUGGGCCGUUUUGUGACAAUUUUCGGGUGUAUUUUCUUUGUGAAAGCUGAGAAAAUGGAGGAAUACUCGAAAUAUCUCAUCUUCCUCUCCUAUUUUCUCUUCAGUAUUGGAGACAGUUCUUUAAUGUUAAUCCGUGGCUAUGUGGCCUCAGUGAGUGGACCGAAUGAUCGAGCUUUAGCCUUUGCCGCGUUGGCCAUGGCAAAUGUGUUGUCGAUGAUCUUUGGAGCCGGUUCUCUACUCCUCUUUUCUCUGAUCGAUUAUUCGGAUUUUCAUCCAUUCGGCAUCACCGUCCACAUGUACAAUUUCCCGAUCUUCAUCAUAAUUCUCCUCAAUAUUCUCGUGAUGGGAUUAACGCAUUUUGGAUUGGAAGAACAUCGAGAAAGACUUAAAAAGAAACAUCAGAAAAAUGGUGAAAGUGGCUGGCAUCAACUGAAAUCCGUACCAAUUUUCCUCGUUUUGUUGUGUUUCUUCGAGAAAAUCGUCACCUCAACAUCGCUGACAACAGCUAUCACAAUCACUUCCCCAAUCGCGACCGAAGUUUUCGCAUGGGACAAAAGCAAAACGGUUCAGGUGAUGUCCGGUUCAAAUGCAACAAUCGGAAUUCUCGCUUUGAUCACUGUUCUUAUCUUUAUGCUUGGGAAAAUUGGGAACAAAAUCGCGGCGUGGAGAAUUUUUUUGACAUGCACGUUGGUGUUCUUCGCAUUUUUCUUCCUCGUUUAUCCCCAUUCGAUUAUCAGUGAAAAGAUUACGAUGAAAACACCCGAUUCCCCGUUCGGUUGUGAUGUCUCGAAGUAUGGCUGGUGCAUGGACACUCUCCGUCCAUCUCCAUAUCUCUAUUUCUCGCUUCUCAUCAUCUCAUUCGGAAUCUUUUUCCCGCUUGCCAAUAUCUCUCUUGAUACGGUCUACUCAAAGAUUUUAGGAAAUAUUGAUCAAAGCUUCUUUCAAUCCGCUAUCGUCGCUGCCGAUGAUCUCUUUCAAAUUCUUUGUCCAUUCAUUAUCACUCACUCGUUCGUUUUGGCCGGUCAUCCAAUGGUUUUCGCGAUGUGGGCAGCCCUUUGUGCAGUCGGAGUGAUCGCAUGGACAUUGAAUAGCUCACAGUUGAAAAGAUCCACCGAGGAAAUGGAAAAUAUCGAUCGAUUCGAGGAAACGAUUCAAUCGAAUCAAGAGGAUUUGAUGGAGAAUGGAAAAACAAUGAAAAAACAUCUCGUACUUGUCAAUCAAGCU